AUGCUGGCAGAGUGUAAGGCACUUUUGGAGGGUAUUAAGAUGUUUUUGCGUCAUGAUUUAAUGAAUUAUCAACUUCUUAUUGAAUCAGAUUCACAAGUGCUUGUUGGAAUGGUAUUGGGGAAGGUCAAGGUUCCUUGGAAAUGUAAACAGUUUAUUGAUGAUAUUUGUGGAAUUUUGCAUAGAUUUAAUAUCAAGGUUAGUCACAUUUUCAGGGAAGCUAACGGUCUUGCAGAUUUUCUGGCUUCUUAUGCUGUCAAUGAAGCUUGCUGUUUUGAAUUUUUGGGUACUGAUUCAUUGCCUAUAGCUGGGAAGAUGAGCUGUUGGUUGGGCUGGUUCUGGGGUCCUUUGCUUUGGGCUGGUUCAUGUUGCUGGGGUCUCCUGCGCCCUGCUGGUUUUGGGCUGUUCACGUGCACUGUUCAUGUGCACAGCUUGUUUAAUGCAGCUGCUGGCCCUCACUCUUCGGUUAUCUUCUAUCUUCAGCUGGGUUUUGAUGGCCUUUUACCUGGUUUUUCAGCUGGUCUCCCUCAGCUGUCUUUUCUUAUGGUGUCUGCUGGUUCUUGGUCUGCUGCCUGGCCUUCAUUGCAGGCUGCCACAGUAGCUGAGCACUGUUCACACAACCGUUCACGUGAACUGCCUGGCUCCUGCUACAGCUGUUUUUCUGCCGUGAUCAUGCUGCCUUCCCAGCUGGUUUCAGCUUCUCAUGGAUUUGCGUCUGUCAGCUGGUUAUGGAUCUCUUUCAGCUGCUGCUCUGAACUUCUAGUUAUCUGGUAG